CGAGACUUUUUGAGUUUACCCUCAAGUUUUGUUAUAUACAUGUUCUAUUCCGAUUUCCAAAUAUUUUAUUUUCUUGUUAGUUUGUGAAUUUAUAAUUUGCUGUGUGUAUCAACAACGUAGUGUCGUCCUAUUAAGUCUGUGGUUAUCAAUAAACUAGACACGUCAAUCAAUAAAUAAUCUAAAUUAAUUGCCACUCAUCUCAAAUUCUCAAAAUGGAGGCAGAACUAAUCUCACGACAAGACAACAAGAUAUUACUACAUUUUGAUGUUGAGCUUGCACCGGAACACAGUUUUCUGACACAUACGAGUAAAAAGUUUUUAUGUGGAGCCGUUGGGGUGCAGGUUGAAGUGAAUACUGCUAGGUGCUGCAAGGGCACAGAAGAUUGUUUCACAGAAUUUUUUGACGGCCAUGUUAUUAUUUCUGUUAAAUGUAGUAAAUUAUUCAUGGACAACCUGCAUUAUACAUGCAAAGUAUCAAGUAUAAAAUUGAAAAAAGAAGACCUAUUAAUCAGUGCGUGUGACGAGUGGCACAAAAUCCAUCACUUUUGUGCAAGAAAAUUUGGUAGUGUCGAGAUAAAUAAUGAACUGGAAUAUUCAUUUGAUAUCACAUUGGUGUGUGAUAUCGCUGAGAGUACCAGUCCAUAUGCAUUGCUUUACGAAGACACUGUCUUGGCGGACUUUGAGUUACAUGGGGAAGGUGGAACUAUCAGUGUGCACAAGACAGUCCUCGCUGCGUCCAGUCCAGUUUUUAAGACCAUGCUUUGUGGAGACUGGAAGGAAACAAAUGAAGGAAGAGUUGCUGUUGCUGGAGCCACGCAGGAGCACUUGCAUGUGUUUAAGGAGUAUAUGUACCUUCAUAAACUACCAGAGACAGACAUAAGAAGUCUCUUGGUACUGGGCUCCUAUUAUAUGAUGUCAGAAUUGGUUCAAAAAUGUGUGGCAAAGCUUAUAAACAAGCUAGAUUCUGACAAUUUGACUGAUAUUAUGGAGUUAGCUGUAAAGUUUAAGUUAGAUAAUUUAUUUAUGAGUGUUUUGAACUGUGUCAAGUAUGAUAUAAUCGGUAUUAACGAAAUAAGGGCAAUAAAUUUUGAUAAAGAUAUACAAAGGCCCAAUGAUGUCCCUAAAAAGGUGAAGAGAUUAACUGAUUUUGACCUAUGAACUUUUUUUUGUAGAGUGAAGAGCGGGUUUUAAAUAUUUUUUAUAAUCAAAUUAAAUAAUAACUUGUAAUAAUUGUGUUAUAAUUUAUUAUAGCUUAACUUUUGCUUUUAAAUUAUUCAUUUUCUUUCAAGUUUACUGAUUAUUUAUUAACAUAAUUUUGUAAGUAAGAAUGUUUACGCUUGCAUGCCUGUUUUCCACACUUUUGUUUCUGCCCGCCCUGUUAGAAAUCACGGGCGUGAGUUUGUGUAUUUUACCCUUCAUCGUAUUCUGUCGGCUGUGAGACCAAUGUGUCUUUUCUGUGAUUAAAAAAAAGAAAAAAAAGUAAAAACGAAAGUAAAAAGUAAACACACAGUAGUACUAAGUAUUCAAAAUUAAAUAUAACAUACCCUACUUUUUACUUAGAAA